UCCAAUUUAAUUAUCAACAUCCGGUACGUACAUGUACUCUUUUCCGGUACACGAUGCAUUCUGCAGUCUCGUUGCUCAUCUGCAGCAGGAUUUCCCUGACAUAAAUAGCUUCGCCGUCGGAAUGCUGUUUUGACAUUUCUUUUCCAACGAUUACCGGUUUUAGGAGUUUAACUGACUCACGAUGACGUUGACUGGAAAACAGAUUGUAGUAUUGGCCAACCUGUAUCUGAGUUAUGCUCUCUAUGUCUAUGUGCGGAGGUCAUUCUCGUUUGCAAUGCCUACAGUAUCUGAGACAGCCAGUCUUGACAAGAGUCAAUUAGGGAUGAUCCUAAGUAGUCAGUCACUUGCCUAUACCAUCAGUAAGUUUGCCUGUGGUAUUCUUGCGGAUGUUGUCAGCCCAAAUGUGUUGCUAUCAGGUGGCCUGAUUUUCUCCGGAUUAACAGCAAUAUGUUUCACAACAACAACGUCUGCUGUGAUGUUGAGUGGUAUAUGGUUUAUGAAUGGACUUGCCCAGGGACCAGGCUGGCCAGCUAUAGCCAUCAGUCUUAAACAUUUGUGUGCCCCAGAACAGUUUGGGUCAGCCUGGAGUGUGGUGUCAACGUCCAUGAAUGUGGCCGGAAUGAUUGGGCCUCUGCUGACCACAGUGUUGAUUGCCUGGUCUAGUUGGCAGCAAUGUAUACAACUAGCAGGAAUCAUUUCAAUUGUUUUUGGAUGUAUUACAUUCUUCUUGGUGCAGACCAAAUCUGAUAGCCAUCCCACAAAACCUAUGGCUUCUAACCAUGACAAGUCAUCAACAGGUGGAGACGAGGACCUAUCACGAUGGCAGCUUCUGUUCCUACCAGGUUUCCUGGGAGUUUGUCUGAGUAUGUUGGCUACAUCUGUUGUCCAGUAUGGCACGGUGAACUGGACACAACUUUACAUGGUCCAGGAGAAGGGACUUACACCACUGUUAGGCAGUACCUUUGUAAGCAGUGAGGAACUUGGAGGAAUUGUUGGGUCUUGUGUUGCUGGAUUUUUGUCAGACUUUCUUAUCUCUAAGAACCCAGACGUAGCUAGACAUUUAAUGAGACAGGUUGUAGUAAUGUACUUCAUGUUGUUCCUGACUGGUGUCCUAUAUUGGAUCACAUACAGCUUGUCGUCCUCCACCUCACAGCUGAUGGUGACUGUGAUGGGAUUUUGUGCUGGGUUUGGUGUAUAUGGCCCUGUAGCUAUAUUUGGUGUAAUAGCUUUGGAAAGUGGACCAGAAAACAAGGCAGGGACUUUACAUGCAAUAUUUGGACUUUUUUCUAAUGCUGGUGUGUUCAUCUCAGGAUUGCCUCUUAGCUAUAUUGCUAAACUCUACGACUGGCAGACAGUGUUUCUUAUCCAAAGUACUCUCAUCGCCAUGACCUUUUUAUAUUUUCUUCUAAAACUACGAACAAUAUUUAAAUCAUCUAAUCAAAAGUUGUUUUACAUAUUUUAGAUUUCUUUUUAUCUGGUACAUAUGGUUGAUGUUAUUGUCCAGGAAUUUACGUAUACAGUUUGUUACUCGGAUAUUAAAUUGUUAUUCAGGUAUCUUAUUUACACAGAAAUUAAAUUGUUUUAUAAAAGAG